CCGCCCCCGCCCGGCCCGGCCCACGCCCAGAGGCCGCCCCGGAGGCCGACGCCAGCAGCCAGAUCUGAACAGAAUUAAGAAGAAAGCACUUACACAGUCACAGCAGAUGAAGAUCCACUGGUAAAUUGAUCAGGAGUUUUGGCCUGCCCUCCAAAGAAAAGGAGCGGAAAGAAUGUCGGAGCGGGCCGCGGAUGACGUCAGGGGGGAGCCGCGCCGAGUGGCGGCGGCGGCGGCGGCGGCGGGCGGAUCAGCGGCCGCGGCCGCCCGGCAGCAACAGCAGCAGCCGCCGCCGCCGCCGCCGCCGCAGCAGCAGCCACCGCCGCCCCAGCGGCAGCAGCAGCCACCGCGGCGCCCGCGGCCGGAGGACAGCGGCCCCGGCGCCGCCUCCUCCUCGGCCGCCGCUGCAAUGGCGACCGUCGGAGAGCGCAGGCCCUUGCCCAGUCCCGAAGCGAUGCUGGGACAGUCGUGGAAUCUGUGGGUUGAGGCUUCCAAACUUCCUGGGAAGGAUGGGACGGAAUUGGACGAAAGUUGCAAGGAGUUUGGGAAAAACCGCGAAGUCAUGGGGCUCUGUCGCGAAGACAUGCCAAUAUUUGGUCUCUGUCCAGCCCACGAUGAUUUCUACUUGGUGGUGUGUAAUGAUUGUAAUCAGGUCGUCAAACCGCAGGCAUUUCAAUCACAUUAUGAAAGAAGACAUAGCUCAUCCAGCAAGCCCUCUUUGGCGGUUCCUCCCACAUCAGUAUUCUCCUUCUUCCCUUCUCUGUCCAAAAGCAAAGGCAGCAGUGCCGGUGGAAGCAGCCGCUGUGCCAGCGGAGGUGUUCUCAGCACAUCCUCAUUAAGUUCCAAGCUGUUGAAAUCACCCAAAGAGAAAUUGCAGCUCAGGGGGAACACCAGGCCAAUGCAUCCCAUUCAGCAGAGUAGAGUCCCCCAUGCUAGAAUCAUGACACCCUCUGUUAAAGUGGAGAAGAUUCAUCCGAAGAUGGAUGGCACACUACUGAAAUCUGCGAUGGGGCCAACCUGUCCUGCUACUGUGAGUUCCUCAGUCAAGCCUGGCCUUAACUGCCCCUCAAUACCAAAGCCAACCUUGCCUUCACCUGGACAAAUUCUGAAUGGCAAAGGGCUUCCUGCACCACCCACUCUGGAAAAGAAGUCUGAAGAUAAUUCUAGUAACAGAAAAUUUUUAAAUAAGAGAUUAUCAGAAAGAGAAUUUGAUCCUGACAUACACUGUGGGGUUAUCGAUCUCGACACCAAGAAGCCCUGCACCCGGUCUUUGACAUGCAAGACACAUUCCUUAACCCAGCGGAGGGCUGUCCAGGGUAGAAGAAAACGAUUUGAUGUGUUAUUAGCCGAGCACAAAAACAAAACCAGGGAAAAGGAAUUGAUUCGCCAUCCGGACUCUCAGCAACCAACGCAGCCUCUCAGGGACCCGCAUCCCGCCCCUCCUAGAACUUCACAGGAGCCACACCCAAACUCUCAUGGAGUGAUUCCUUCCGAAUCAAAGCCUUUUGUAGCUAGUAAACCUAAACCUCAAACCCCCAGUCUUCCAAGGCCUCCAGGCUGCCCUGCUCAGCAAGGUGGGAGUGCCCCCAUUGACCCUCCUCCAGUCCAUGAAUCUCCACACCCUCCCCUGCCUGCCACUGAGCCAGCUUCUCGGUUAUCCAGUGAGGAGGGAGAAGGCGAUGACAAAGAAGAGUCUGUUGAAAAACUGGACUGUCAUUAUUCAGGUCAUCAUCCUCAGCCAGCAUCUUUUUGCACAUUCGGGAGCCGGCUGAUUGGAAGAGGCUAUUAUGUGUUUGACUCCAGGUGGAACAGGCUUCGCUGUGCUCUCAACCUCAUGGUGGAGAAGCAUCUGAACGCGCAACUGUGGAAGAAAAUCCCACCAGUGCCCAGUAUCAUGUCCCCAGUCUCCACACGUGUUCCUCACCGGACAAACUCAGUGCCGACAUCACAAUGUGGGGUCAGCUGUCUGGCAGCAGCCACUGUGUCUACAUCCCCAGUCCUACUCUCAUCCACCUGCAUCUCCCCAAACAGCAAAUCGGUACCAGCUCAUGGAACCACACUAAAUGCACAGCCUGCCGCAUCGGGAGCAAUGGAUCCCGUGUGUAGUAUGCAAUCCAGACAAGUGUCCUCCUCAUCCUCGUCCCCUUCCACGCCCUCUGGCCUGUCCUCAGUGCCCUCCUCCCCCAUGUCCAGGAAACCUCAGAAGUUGAAAUCCAGCAAGUCUUUAAGGCCCAAGGAGUCUUCUGGUAAUAGCACUAACUGUCACAACACCAGUAGCAGUACCAGUGGCACCUCAGGAAAGAAACGUAAAACCAGUUCUCCACUGUUAGUUCAUUCUUCCUCCUCCUCCUCCUCUUCCUCUUCCUCCUCCUCUUCUUCUCAUUCCGUGGAGUCUUUUAGGAAAAACUGUGUGGCUCACUCUGGGCCUCCUUACCCUUCCACGCUAACAUCUUCCCAUGGCAUGGGCCUCAACUGCAUGGCAAAUAAAGCAAACUCGAUGAGUGUCCGGCACGAGCAGUCAGGGAGGGGCGCCCCCGGAGGGAGCCCUGCUGAGUCCAUCAAGAGGAUGAGUGUGAUGGUGAACAGUGGUGACUCUACACUUUCCCUCGGCCCAUUAAUCCACCAGUCCAGUGAACUGCCAGUCAACUCCCAUGGCAGUUAUUCACACUCACACACUCCUCUAGACAAACUCAUAGGGAAGAAAAGAAAGUGCUCACCUGGCUCAAGUGGCAUCAACAACAACAGCAGCAAACCCACAAAGGUUGCCAAAUUGCCAGCCAUGAACAACGUCCACGUGAAACACACGGGCACCAGCCCAGGGGCACAAGGACUGACGAACAGUUCCUUCCUUCAUCAGGAUAUCUCCUCACCUUGCUUACGAACAGGAAUUUCAGCAGCAUCACCCCCAAGCCCUGAUUUAAAAUCCAAAGACACGUCCCUGACAACUGAAAAUAGCACGGGAAGGAAUAAUCUGGACACUUUUGAUGACAAGUUACACCUCCACUCAGCACUCUGGACUCCAAGAUGCCUUUGAGUCUGUUUUCCUAACCUCCUGUGGGCCUCAAGGAUAGAGAUCUGCCGGGCUGUUGUUUUAACGAAGAUUUCCCUGAAGCUAUGUCUGUAGCAGUGAGUAUUUGUAAAGGACACUGGAUCAAGUUCAGCCACCGAAUUCUUCUAUCAGUGUUACAGUGGUCUGGACUGCUUGUUACCAAUCUGUGAGACAUUUUUGUUGUGCUUUUUAACUUGCAGUAUAUCACAGAGCCACUCUUCAAGUAGAUUGGCUGGGUGAAAGAGUGUUUUGGCAAGAACAUUACUGUAGAAUUUUCUCCCUUCCUCCCCUCUCCACCCCAGUUCUUUUUCCAUUGUCUUCUGCCGGUCACACUCUAGCAGAUAGGCACCUUAACUGGAGACACCUUCCAGAGGGGAAACAGGGUUCUACCCCAAGCGGCCCUCUGGAGAAGGGGAUCUGUCAUUAGGUUUUUAUAGCAAUGUUCCAGGAGUGGAAUAGGUGUGUAAACGCAAGACACCAUGACAGAAUAGCUUGUGUUUUGCCCAGCAUUUUGCAAGUAAUUUGGGAUAAGCUGUCAGAAGUUUCUAGCUUACAGACUGGUUUAAAGCUACUGAUGCCCAGAGAGGAAGUAUAUACCAUUUUUAGAGGCUUACUUUUCAUGGUACAAAAGCAAUUCUGAGUGAUUUUAAAAGAAGAAAAUGCAAACUAGUUUUGAUAAUAGAAAGCCAAAAUUGGGAGGGGGGGUGUUGGAUAAAAUCACUAUAUGGGGAAAUUUUUUUCUAAGAUUUCCAAAGAGGUGGAAUUUUUCUAUCUUUUAAGUCUUCAUGUUAAACAGUAUGGCAGAUUGGGCUGGUAGUCCUGCCCAGUCUUCUUUUUUCAAAAUAUUGCCUUUGUAAAGUGAAAUCAGGAUGCAGCAGAAACUGUCAUUCACAAAGUCAUUAAUAUACUUAAAUGUUUCCAAGGCACUCUCAGUACUAUACCCUCCAUCUCCCCUCUGAAUACUGUCCUGGACUAAGGGUAAAUUUCCACUUUGAGCACUCUCAAAUGUUAUGUGUGUGCAGUCCCCCUCCUGCCAUUACAGAUGUUUAUUUGGUUGCCACUGGGGUAGGGAGCAGGCACCUGGGGAGGGAGGGUAGCGAAUUUGUACAAGUACCCAUGCAGAGAUGAUGGAUGCACAUCUAGUAUUUCCCCAACACACCCUCUUUUCUUGGGAUUCAUGCCAGCCAUCUUUCUGAGGAGUUUUGGAGACUCUCCAGGAUAUUUUUUCUAGUACUCCACCCCAAUAGAAGGAGCUUACUAUGUUAAAACAUCAAUGCUUGAGAAGGAGUUUGGGGGAUAACUUGGAGCUUUUUAACAGGUGAUUCCACCAACCACAGCUCCUGAAAUAAGAACCAGGCACAUAUUCUUAGAAGAACACACAGAGUUGCUGAACACAGGGUAAAUUUCCCCGGGUUCUGGUGACGGCCCUGAGCAGGGCCUAGGCCGGGCCUAGGCAGGGCCAGUCAGUGCAUCCUUUCUUCCCUGCAAUUCUUGGGUUACUUCAGUUUCAGGGAAUUUCAAGUCAACAACAGAUAGAAUGAAUAAAUACUUGGUUACCAGCCUAAUAAUGUGAAUUGCUACAGAAUUAAUCUUAAAUAAGAAAACAAAAACUUUAUGCAGAUACUUUAGCUAUAAAUUGAUGUAAAAUACUGAUUUUUUUGUUUAAAGGGGAGAACAGUAUCUUGUUCGCUUAUUAUGCAAUCAAUCAGUAAAUGUUUUUAAAAUGAUACUCCUUGUAGGAGCGCUCAGUAAGGAGAGAGCCUGGGCGAGCCGGUUAAGUGUAAUUAGGAGAAAUCAGUCCAGUUGUUCCAUCCUAGUAGAGGAAGAAGAGGAGGUAAAAGGGAAUCAGAACGUACUUGGUUGAUUCCUUGGUGACAAGUGCAAUGGGGUGUGGGUAGAAUUUAUUUUCAGAGCCAAGGGGAAUUGAUGGUUAUAAAUAAAGUUGCUUUUAGCAAUGGAAUUUAUAGACAGAUCAUGUUUUCCGAAAGAUGUGAAUAGGAUCCACAAUAGCAAGUUGGUUUAGAAUAAUGUAGCUAUAUCUAGAUUAGCGGUGUUGAUCAUUUAAUUUCUUAGAUGGAGGUUUUAAUUGGAUUUUAUUAUGUCUCCCGGUAGUACAAAAAGCAUCGGGAUUAGGAAAUUAGCCAUUUUGGAUUCUGCCUGCCACAAACAGAGAUAUUCUAAACAGUGCUAUUAAAGUUUAGACUGUUGUUCAAAUGUUUUAUUUUCUCCUACAACUACUUUUUAUUAUGAUGAACAAUUAAGACCAUUUAAAACAUGGGAAUACAAGUAUUUUUUUUUAAUUAAAUUAACUUGCAAAAACCAAAUUUGCAGUGGUUGGGUUGUUUCUAGACAGAAUUUGGUAUCAAUUUAAAACCAAGAUAAUUUUUAUAUCCUUUCCAAUAGAAUUUCAUGACAACUCCUGCAGUUUUCUUAACCUUAAAAAAAAAAAAGUGCUGCAAUGAUGAACAAAGAAUUAUACAAAACCUACUUUUGUACCUUUAUUUUGGAAUUUCUUGUUCUAUUAUAAAUAUGGAAGUAUCCCUAUCUCAGAAGACAUAUUUUGUUAAAAAUGAAUUGUACAUAUUUAAAUAUGUAUUUUUGCACAGGUCUUUUUUUCUGAUAUCCUGUUUUGGUACAAUUGAGAUCAUCUAGUAUUUAUUUAUUAAUUAAUAAAAGUAAAUACCUUUUUAUAAUUUGAAGUGGUUCACUGCCAAGCCAAUAGUUCUAGAACCUGCCUCCUUUACAGUUUAAGGGAUGCCUCUGUUCUGUGAAAGUCUUUUUGUCCCUUUAGCGUCUCGGGAGUGGAUUCAUACCGAUGAAGUGGGCAUUGCUUCUCCCUAGUUGCCUGGUUUCCCGAUAGACAACAUGUAACUAAGUGACACACUGCUUUUCUUUUGUUUUAUGUGAGAGAGUGUAUGUGUGUGCGCCUGUGUGUUUGUAUGUUUACCCUCUGAGCGCAUGUGUGUUGGUAUGUGAUGUGGUUUAAAACUAAUGGAAAAAAACUGAAAGUGCCUGAACCUAGUUUUAAGCGUAGACAGAUUCUCUUUAAAAAGACUUGAAUGUUCAGUUGAACUUUUGGAGUUUGCUUUUUCCACCUAAAUACUGUUUCUAAAAAUUUAGAGGAGGAGUUGAAAACCACCAAUGCUGGUAAUUUUAUAUGGUAUUUUAAACUUAAGGCUUUUUGGUUCAUAGUAAUUCAACUGGUGAUGGAUUGCCCAGUGGCAGCAAGAGUUACAAAUCUUUUUGUCAGCCAGCAACUUACAUGAUGUGUUCGUUUUGUUAUUCACUCAUAAAAUAUUGAGUUUAAAAUAGAAUAUUUAAAUUUUUUAUAUUCCAAAAAUAUAAUACAAAGUACCUCUGAGAACAUUGAAAAAAAAUGUAUAAUUUGAAAAAUGUAAUUUAUAAAGGCAGCUGUCUUCCUGCAAGAGUUCCGUUGCCAAGAGAUUUCUUAAUAUCUCUCAUUCUGUCCUGGGGGGAAACGCUGGGCUUUGGAAAAUGAUUGUUAAAAAUUUCAUUGUUUAGAAGAAAGUAAUGAUUUUUACAUUUUGUGCAAAACAUUUUACAUUUUCAGAUCAUUUAAAUGAGCACUACAUACUGUCAGUGUGAAUGUAGGGGCUUGAAAGCAUUUUGCUGUUUUUUUGUUUUGUUUUUUGUUUUUGUUUUUUUUUUUUGAGCUUGGUUAUAAAAGCAAUCUCCUGUGUUAAAAAUGUGUGUGAAUAGUUUGAUAAUUUGUACACUUAAUCAAGAGCAUCUCAGCUGGACUUUGUGUUGGCUGCUGUAUAGAACAUGAACAAAUGUCAAGGGAUAGAAAAUUACUUUGGAUAUUUAAAACAGAAGAAAUAUAUAGUCUAUUUGUUUUGUAACAAGUUUCUGUAAAUAAAAUAAUUUAUACUAUUUAUAAGAAAAAGUUGUGCUUUGCUUUAUGAGAAAUUAGUAUGUGGAACAAACAUGUUACUAAAUGGGCAAUAAAAUUAGGACUUCUCAAUAAAUAAGGUUGGCUGCAUGAACUAUUUUACAUGUUUCUGCCUCAUUGUGAUACCAAAGCACCUGUCAAUCUAAUCUCUUACUCAUUUUGUCAUCAGAUGUCCUUGUGAAGCACCUUCCUUUAGUUCCCCUUCUGUACAAGCCAGGUAUUUCUAAGGGCCUAGGAUGUUUCCAUUCU